CCUUUGAGAGGCGGUGCCAGGUGGAUGGAUGACUGGAGUUUCCCUUGCGGUCGAAAGAUUAAUGGAAAGGCUCUGUUGAUUUGGGGAAUUGUCCGUGAGACGGUCGGCUCCGGGGGAACCGUCGCACUCGGCCUGGCUGGCUUCGAAGCGAGCGCGGACGAGAAAGAAGAAGACGGCGGGCGGGACGAGGAAUAAACCUGGAUACCGUAUUUGUUUCUGCACAGAACACGGAGCGGAAGAAGGGGCCUGCCCACACACACACACACACACCGAGCGCCUGGUUUGAUAAGGCCACUGUACGACUACGGGGGACGCUAACAGCUAGUCACAUCAACUGGAAAAAGCGGCUGCCGACCACCCGCCCAACACCCCCGGACUGCCUUCGGAUACAUGACUAUAAGCCAAUAACUAAAUAACUACCAGUCGAGUUGUUCCCUGAAUGUUGAAUAUUUGACGAGCUAGCCGAGCUAACACCCACUUUAGCCUUAGCCGAGUGUAGCAAAAGGCUCGGUUUUAAGAGUUGUUCCCCAAAAAGUGACCGUCGGGGAGAACAAAUAUAUUACGAGCCGUUUGUCGAGAAUGAUUGCGGUCAGCUAGUGGCCACCGGACAGCUUCAUCGAGCAACUGUUUAAGCAGGCGGUUGUGAGGGUUGUCGUCAAGCCGCCCGAAGUCGCAAGCAAACCCACAGGAGCCCGCUUGACAGGCUGCCAUCAUGGGCAACACGCCCACCGCGAAGAAAGGCAAUGAGAUGGAGAGUGUGAAGGAGUUUCUUGCCAAAGCCAAGGAAGAUUUCCUAAAGAAAUGGGAGAAUCCAGCACAGCAAACCGCAGGAUUGGACCACUUUGAGCGAAUCAAGACUUUAGGCACAGGCUCCUUCGGCAGAGUCAUGCUGGUCAAGCACAAAGAUUCGGGCCAGCACUUUGCCAUGAAGAUACUUGACAAACAAAAGGUGGUAAAGCUGAAGCAGAUCGAGCACACGCUGAAUGAGAAACGCAUCCUGCAGGCGGUUAACUUUCCCUUCCUCGUGCGACUGGAGCAUUCUUUUAAGGACAACAGUAAUCUCUAUAUGAUAAUGGAGUAUGUGCCUGGAGGCGAAAUGUUCUCCCACUUGAGGAGAAUCGGUAGAUUCAGUGAACCACACGCCCGCUUCUACGCAGCUCAGAUUGUACUGACGUUUGAGUACCUUCACUCGCUGGACCUCAUCUACAGAGAUCUGAAGCCAGAGAACCUGCUCAUUGACCAGCAAGGUUACAUCCAGGUUACAGAUUUUGGCUUUGCGAAAAGAGUGAAAGGCCGAACCUGGACGCUUUGCGGAACCCCGGAGUAUCUGGCACCAGAGAUCAUCCUCAGUAAAGGCUACAAUAAAGCUGUCGACUGGUGGGCACUGGGUGUGCUCAUAUAUGAGAUGGCCGCUGGCUACCCCCCCUUCUUUGCAGACCAACCCAUACAGAUUUAUGAGAAGAUUGUAUCAGGAAAGGUUCGCUUCCCCUCGCACUUCAGCUCGGACCUGAAGGACAUGUUGAGAAACCUGCUGCAGGUGGACCUCACCAAGCGUUUCGGCAACCUCAGGAACGGAGUCAACGACAUCAAGGGCCACAAGUGGUUCGCCACCACCGACUGGAUCGCCAUCUACCAGAGAAAGGUGGAGGCGCCCUUCAUCCCCAAGUGCAGAGGCCCCGGCGACACCAGCAACUUUGACGACUACGACGAGGAGGAGAUCCGGGUGUCCAUCACGGAGAAGUGUGCCAAGGAGUUCGCCGAGUUCUAGGUUCCGAUCCACCGCUUAGCCGGAGUCGGGGUUCCCGGAGGGGUUGGGGCGGGCGUGUAUCCGGCGGACUGCUUAUUCGUUAAUUUUUUUUUUUUUUUUUUGUUCAGUCCCUCGCCUCCAGACGGGAGAGGCGGGUCAAGCAGCGAGGAAAGCGCCAACAGAACCAACAGUGUUGCCUUUUUCUCAUUCCUAAUCCCGUUCGUUCCUAAACUUGCAUCAUCACACGGUGUCGUCGGGCGUUGUUAAGGUACCCGAUCUGCUUACCCCCCCCCCGCCCUCCCUCUCUCUCGUUCUUUGAGCAGCAACUUGAUUGUCUCGUUAACCUCCCCCCCUCCCCCGCUCUAAAGUCGACCGAGCAAUACCGAGUCCAACAGAUGUGUCUAUCGCGAUGCCAACCGGUUGGAACACUGUCAGACGAAAAGCCUCUGCGUAGAGCUUUAGAGUUGACAAAGAUUUAUCACCGUCUACGCAUUUUUGUUCGCGUCUCACAUCUGUCUUUAUUGCAGCUUUUUUAUUAUUAUUACCCUACUGGUGAUUUUUUUUUUUUUUUUUUUUUUUAUAUUUAUGUUGAUCUGUGCUUGUGUUUACUUAUUGUUUAACAGUCAUAGUAAACACUUCUAUUAUUAUUUAAAUUCCUUACAGUAAAUUUAUAUUGAUUAUAUACAGUGGCCCAUGCAAAGUCUACAUACCCCCUGCUGACCAGCUGAAUGUUAUUUGGGGUUAAUCAGACGUGUGUUUCACAUGAGUUUGAAUGUGAUUGGUUAUUUCUGAGUAAAGCCACGACCUCGGGAGCAGGGGUGUGAAGAUUUUUUAUAACCACUGUGUAUAGAGAGAGGCACUCAAAAUGAUUCAACCCCCAAUUAUACAUGAGAUUUCUUUGCAAAUUCAUAAUAGGUGAAAUGAAGCAACACGACCACAUGAACAUUAAAACAUCACGUUGAUCAUUCAGUAAACUUUUUGUACGUUUGCAAAUGGACUUUACCACGGGCAGCGCGGUGGGUUAUUGGUUAGCUCUGAGGUUUGGGGUUCGAAACUCGGCUUCUGUGGGUUUUCUCCAGUUACUCCAGCUUCUUCCCACAUUCCAAAAACAUGCGUGUCAGGUUCAUUGAAGACUGGAAAUUGUGCGUAGGUGUGAAUGGUUGUUUGUCUGUGUGUGUGUCCUACGAUUGGCCGGCAACCAGUCCAGCGUGUGCCGCACCUCUGACCCGACAGAAGUCAGCUGGGUGGAUGAACUUUACGGCAGGGGUUUGAAUCCUUUUGAGUGCAACAGUUACGUGACGGAGAACAACUUGUCUCUCAUAGCUGUGAGUACGUGAAUAAAGAUGCAUUCUGGCCCAGUUGGCAAACCUGACAGCAUCGCAAGCUUUUCUGUACGGAUUGAAGUGGAAAAGAAAAGAGUCGAAAACAAGUUUCAGCGAAUUGUGCCUGUUUUUACUUCUUGGGGUUUAAUUAAAUUGUUUUUCUUCUGUGUGUGUGUUUGCGUAAAGGCCCCGAAACUUGUAAACCCCCAACUGCUGGUGAUAUACAAACGUGUCCUAUUUACUAUGGCCCUCGGAGGACUUGACAACACCUAAAAAUGGCCGCUGCUUAGAAAAAGAUUGUUUUUAUUUUUUUCCUAUUGGUGUCCAAUCUUUAUUUUAGUUUGGAUGCAAGACAAUCGCAGACCAAUGCUGAGCCCUGGUUUGUGGACUCCGUGCGUUCAUGAAGGUUGUACGCUUACCGUCCUCUCUUUCGCACGCACACACACACACACACACACUCCGUAUGAGGUGCUAAACUUGGUUUUUUUUGUGUGUGUGUGCGUGCAUUACUUUUGACUAGCCCCCCCCCCCCCCCCCCCCAUUUUGUCAUGUUGUGGCAUGACUUGUUUUUUUUUCCUAAACGAAUGUGAUUGAUUUCAGUGCAGGCAGAAGCCUCGUAACGUAAUAGAGAUCAAACGCUGGAUGAAUUUCAUUUUGAAUGUCCUCAACUUGUCUGAUGGUUUCAACUGCUGUUUGGGAAAUAUGAUGGUUUUUGUUUUUGUUUUUAGGCCACGUUAAUCCAGUGAGCGUUAGUCUCCCUCCCCCACCCCACCCGCCCACCCACCCUCUGAAAUAGUACAGCUACGCCAGCUAGCUUACUUACACAUCCAAUACAUGAUGUUAUUUGUCAUUACAGCCUUUUCCACGAGUCCAAGUGUCGCAUAAAGCGUGGAUAUUGACCCAAAUCACAUUUUCAAAUACUGUGGAGCCUCCAAAGUCCAAAGAAACACCAAAUUGUUCUCAUUUCAAAACAUUUUCCCCCAAAUAGGAUGUAAUGUAGAGGUGAAUUGAUUUGUUCCAGAGGUCAAACUUUCACUGUUGAAAAACCUUACGGAAUUUCAUUACUGUACAAUAAAACCAAAAUAAAGUAAAAGUACUCAUUCUUUGACGAUGCAUAAUA